AUUUUGGGAUAAAGCUCAAGCAGUCCUAGCUCGCUGAAGUAGUGCUUCGAUCAUGGAGCAACAAUCUCCUCCCGCCUCCUCCUCCACAACCGUCACCAGCACCACUCCUCUCCUCCCCCAAAACCACCCAUGGUGGCAUCGUCAUUUCCACAUGAAUAAUUCCCUCUCCUCCGAACUAUCAGGAGCAGUGGGAGACUUGGGCACUUUCAUCCCAAUUGUCCUAACUCUCACCUUGGUUUCCCACUUAGACCUCUCCACAACUCUAAUCUUCACUGCCCUUUACAACAUAACCACUGGCCUACUCUUCCACAUCCCCAUGCCUGUCCAACCCAUGAAAUCCAUAGCUGCCGUUGCCGUCUCCGAAACCCCUCACCUUACCACCUCCCAAAUCGCCACCGCUGGUGCCUCUACUGCCGCCGUCCUCUUCUUUCUCGGGGCUACCGGUCUGAUGUCGACCCUUUACCGUCUCCUCCCUCUCCCUGUUGUCCGCGGGAUCCAGCUCUCUCAAGGCCUCUCCUUUGCCUUCUCAGCCAUCAAGUACAUCCGUUACAAUCAAGAUUUCGUAGCUUCUAAAGCUACCACCCCACGGGCAUGGUUGGGCCUUGAUGGUCUUGUUGUGGCCCUUUCAAGUCUCCUCUUUUUAGUCAUCUUCACCGGCUCCGGGGAUCAUUAUGAUAGAAAUGGAUCUGAUGACGACCAACCUCGUCGCAGAAACUCAAAGAGGUUGAGAAUUUUGGGUUCAAUUCCGGCUGCUUUGAUAGUGUUCCUACUUGGAUUGGUUUUAUGUUUUAUACGUGAUCCUUCAAUUUUUGGUGAUAUUAAGUUCGGCCCAUCAAAAAUUGGAUUUUUGAGUAUAACUUGGAAUGAUUGGAAAGUUGGGUUUUUGAAAGGAGCAGUGCCACAAAUUCCACUGUCUGUAUUGAACUCAGUUAUUGCAGUUUGUAAGUUGUCUGGUGAUUUGUUUCCAGACAGAGAGCUGUCUGCUGCCAAGGUUUCAGUUAGUGUAGGGGUUAUGAAUUUGGUGGGGUGUUGGUUUGGGGCAAUGCCAGUGUGUCAUGGUGCAGGUGGGUUAGCUGGUCAGUAUAGGUUUGGGGCAAGGAGUGGAUGGUCGGUGGUAUAUUUGGGGAUAGGGAAGUUGAUAAUUGGCUUGGUAUUUGGGAACUCCUUUGUUAGGAUUUUGAAUCAGUUUCCUAUAGGGAUUCUUGGAGUUCUUUUAUUAUUUGCCGGCAUUGAGUUGGCUAUGGCCUCGAGGGAUAUGAACUCAAAGGAGGAGUCUUUUGUCAUGUUGGUUUGUGCUGCUGUAUCUUUGACAGGUUCUAGUGCUGCAUUGGGGUUCGUGUGUGGGAUUUUGCUGUUUUUGUUGCUGAAGCUAAGAAAAAUGGAGUAUUCUGGUUCUAAUCCUGGUUUUAGCAAAUUCAAGUUUGACUCUACCGUUGAUGCCGAAACUAGUUCAAUUCCUUAAAACUGCAUUUAUUUGGGCUGGAUGCUGUAUGUCGGAUGAUUAAGCUAUGCAGGGUAAGUUGCACUUUCAAAUGCAAGUAUAAGAUCAUAUGUGUAGAUUCCUGUGCAGAUUUGAUAUGUAUGUUCUAGACUAGCAAAAUACUACCAGAAUCAUAUGAUAGAAUAUAAACCACUGUGAUGUAUUUAAUUCUGGCCUAGCAGUUAGUACAUUAUUUUAUCAGUGCAUAUUGCCCGAUCUGUUGCGACAAUAAUUGAAGUUUAAUGUAUCAUCUUCCUUGGAAAA